AUGCAGUUCAUCUUUCCCAGGCGGCAUCGCCACUAUAAACUCACACUCUGGCUGAUGGUAGCCGAGUUACCCUUCACAGUCGCCGUCUUGACACUGACAGGCAUUGCUUCGCACAACCUCUAUCGGACAUUGCUGUGGCGGGAUGGUGCCGAAAAUGGAUUCAACAGCGCGCCCACCGCUGCGUUGUAUGCGGCCGCGAAUUAUCGACCCUACACGACUCCGAUGGUGUGGUCAUCAUUUCUGGACAACUACAAUCUGAUCAUCGGAGUAUUGAGCACCUUUUUGCUGAUCGUCAAAUUCCCGAUCCAUUGCAUGCACCUCUUCUUCCCUCCAAUUGCUGCCUUCAUUCAUGGUUCGAUCAUGAUUCUUUACAUCAUUUCGGCUCGUUUUCAGGCGGGCAGUGACAUGUCCGAUCCGAAGCGUCCUCAGCCCGGAGCACCUUGGUAUAUCGCCAAGAACUGCAACGUUGCGGUUCACCCGUCAAAUAUCAAUUACUGCCAGCAGGCAAAGAGCCUCUUUGCCAUCACCAUUAUCAUCAUUGUGCUCUACUUUGUCGAAUUUGCCAUCACCGUUCACUCCUGCUUCAUCACCAAAGCCGAACGCGAUGAAGUGCUGGAGCAACGAGAGGAAAAGCGAAUCGAGAAAGAAUUCGAAGAAGAAAUCAUGAAGUCCCCCAGCAUGAUCCCCAUGACCCCCGCCUUUUUCGGCCAGGAUCAUCCGGGCAUGAUUCCUCGUACCCCAGGAUACCCUCCCGUGGCCGCCACGAUGCCCGUCAGUCACGGCGAAGCCCUGCAUGCACCAUUUACCGCGCGACCAGCCACUGGUCGCACGCCGGGCUUCAACCGACUGGCCAGUGGAAGCACCGCGUCUGAUCUGCCACUACGAGACCACUCCAACCUGCCCACUCCGCAGGGUCCCCCUGAACCAAGGCAGAGUGCAGAUGGGCAAAAUGCACAGGGCACCGCGAUGUAUUUCCCUCCGCCGCCGAAGAAGGCGUCGAAGAAAUAA